AUAAAAUGACGCACGUUUGUUGACACCUGAGACAACAAUGCUGUGGUUGACACAAUCUUUAUUGUGCAAUAAGAAUUCUGCAUCGUAGAAUUCGCUUAAGAUAAAAUUAAUCUCGCAAACAUGACCGAUCCAACUGAACACCUUCUUGCGUUAAAAGUUAUGCGUUUGACCCGACCAACUCUGGUUAACUCUCAGAUUGUUACGGCAGAAGCAAAGGAUUUGCCACAGAACACAUUCGAUAAAAUCUUGGAGGGAUCUGCCACAACAGUUCAGGGCAGUGAAACGUUGGCUGCUGGCCAGUUUAUGUUACUACCACAAAGUUUUGGCAGCAUUUAUCUGGGUGAAACGUUUUCGAGCUAUGUUUGCGUUCAUAACUGUCGGACGCACCCGGUCACUAAUGUAACCGUAAAAGCGGAUCUGCAGUCGAACAAUACCCGUAUAAAUUUGCCCAUACAUGUAGAUAAACAGGGGCCGAUGACCUUGAGUCCUGACGAGACACUCGACGAUGUGAUACACCAUGAAGUGAAGGAAAUUGGAACGCAUAUACUGGUAUGCGAGGUUUCAUAUCUGACACCGGCCGGGCUGGAAACGUCAUUUCGUAAAUUCUUUAAAUUUGAAGUGGUUAAACCGUUGGAUGUGAUGACUAAAUUUUACAAUGCCGAAACUGAUGAGGUGUACCUGGAAGCGCAGAUACAAAAUAUCACAAUGGGUCCGAUUUGUUUGGAAAAAGUUGAACUUGAAAGUUCCGAGCAGUACACGGUAGUUCCGCUGAACACUUUGCCGUCGGGGGAAUCUGUGUUCACACAGCGAACAAUGCUGCAAACACAGAAUAGUUGUCAGUAUUUGUAUUGUAUUAAACCCAUUCCAGAGAUUUUGAACGAUCCUAAGGCAUUGAAGGCAGCUAAUAAUAUCGGCAAACUGGACAUCGUUUGGAGGUCCAAUCUCGGAGAACGAGGGCGGUUGCAAACAAGCCAGCUGCAGCGAAGUCCAAUUGAAUACGGAGAUUUACGCUUGGCUGUAAUUGAAGCUGAAAGUACAUGCAAAAUCGGUCAAGCGUUUGACUUCAAGUGCAGAGUAACGAAUACUAGCGAGAGGUCAAUGGAUCUGGUGAUGAAUUUGAACACAAAAGCAAAAAUCGGCUGCGGAUACACCGGACAGACUGAGAUUAGCUUGGGAGCAUUGGAACCAGGAAAGUCACAGGAAUUCAGUUUGACGGUUUGUCCCGUUCGAUUGGGAUUAAUUACGGUUAGUAACCUGCAGCUGACCGAUGUUUUCAUGAAGCGGAAGUAUGAAUUCGAUGACUUUGUGCAAGUGUUUGUGGUCGAUGAGGAUUACAAGGAAGAUAACUUUCAUCUGGACAAAUAUGUCCGGUAUAGCAUUCCACAACCAGUUUGAAAGGUUUUCUCUAUUUGAACAGAAAUGCAUUACCUAAUAUAGCAGUAUCAUAUUGAUAACA